AUGAUGGAUGGUAGCUUAUUAAAAGAAAUCUUGGAUUCCUUGGAGGAUCCGGACUCUGUGCGGUUAUUUGCAACGGCAAAUGGUUUAGACGAUGAUGUUGAGGUUAAGGACCGAUUACAUGAACUCCAAUGGGAAAAGCACAUCGACAACUUGUGGCAAGAGGUUCUGUCUGAUAUGGAAUCUCCUACCAAAAAAAUCCGACCAUCUCUCGAAGAUGGUAAUCAACCUUCUACAAGUGGGCAGGUUGGGGGUGGGGAAGAGUCUGAAGACCCAUUAGAAAAACCCUAUUUCAUUUGGAAGAGAGACACUCGAACAUUUAAGAAAAACUUGGCCCGCGACACCACGUUUAAGGUCAAAUUUAACGAGCAGUGGAAGGGGGAUAAAUUGUUAGAUAUACAUAACAAGUUGCACGAUAUGUUCGACGACCUGUUGUCAGAGGCCCGGGGUCACGAUGCGGAUCUGGGAAGGGUGGUCAUCAGUCAUUCGAGUUUAAACAAUCCGAUCGUCGUGCCGCUACAAUCCUGGGAAAAUCUGAAUGCAGAUGUCGUCCUGUCCGAGAUCACCAAAGUACUUAAUUCGAAUGAAAGCUUGUCCGUGGACGAAAAUCUGUUGAUCACCAUAGGGUCCAUCGAUUUGCCCAAAGGGGGAGGUAACCCUAGAAAAUUACCCAUCACGUCUCUCUUUGGUCCUAAAAAUAGCGUAGAAAGAAAGAGAUCGCUUUUUCACGUACAAAAUGAUAACAACGUAUGUAUGGCCAUUUCCAUUGGUCUCUGUUACCUGAAAACGUGUGAAAAAGUAGAUGCCGUUACGUGGACAAAUUUAGUGGGGAAAGAUGCCGGAACAAUGUUCGACCAUAUCAUCAAGCACCGUACUGUUACUCGAUCCUAUUACAACAAUAUCUUGAAAACCUCGAGAAAAAAAAUGCAAACGGAGUUGGCGAUGUGGCUGUGUGAAAGAGCCGGAGUUCCUACUGACAGAUAUUUAGGUUUGAACGACAUCGAACCAUUCGAAACCUUACUUGGUGUCUGUAUCAACGUUGUGUCCUCAAGAGUAGGGAAUAAAUUUGUCAGGGUGACGGAGGACGAGGACAAGCCACGUCUGUAUUUAUAUCACGUGGACACAGAAACUGAAAAACACUGGCACGGGAUUGCCAGCAUACAAGGCUUUUUUAAGGCAUCGUAUUUUUGCCAUACUUGUUUAAAACCGUAUAAUGAUAAAUCCAAACACACGUGUACCACCUCGUGUGAGGUUUGCUUACAUGACCACUGUCCAGAAACAAAUGUCCAAAUAGGUUGUCGAACCUGUGGACGGGUCUGUCGUUCCGUGGCGUGUUUUAAACGUCAUAAAAAACAAAGAGUCGUCAAGAAAGAGAGUUAUCCUCCUCCUUGCGAACUGUUUCACCAAUGUAAAAAAUGUAGGGUCAUUCUACAUUGCUGUAAACGCUCUCCCGACUUGCACGUUUGUCAAGAAUGGCAGUGCCCUAACUGUCUAGAAUAUCAAAUAGGAGAACAUCAUUGUUAUCAAAAACCGUGUGGAUGUGAUUUAGAAAAAAGAGACAAAAAAUUUAUUUUCUACGAUUUUGAGACGCGUCAAGAGGACAUCUUUCAUUGCGAGCAAGGGUAUCGACCGUCUUGCAUCAGAUGCGACCAAUGUGUCAAAAAAGAACGCCAGUGCGUAGACUGUAGACUCUGUCAGAACUGUCGUGAUCCGUCCUGUGGUCUACAACAACACAAAGUCAACUUUGCCGUGCUGCAGACCACCUGUCACAUAUGUGAGAAAAGGGAACUGGUGGAGGGCGCCUCCUGUAGUUACUGCGGAACACGGUGUGAGCAAUGCUCCCGAACCCAUAAAGGUGAAUAUGUGAACCCCCCUUGUCCCGACACUUGUGGAAAAAGGGAAGUGGUGUUUUCUGGCGACAACGCCGCCGAGCAGUUCUGUGCUUUCGUCACCAGUGAACAUUGUAAAAAUUCGAUCUUGAUUGCCCACAAUGCCAAAAGUUUCGACUUGUAUCCGGUUUUAGAAGUGCUCAUAGACCGUCACUCUAUUCGACCUAGCAAGAUCAUUUACAACGGUUCUAAAAUCAUGUACAUGCACAUUGCGCACAAAUUAAAUUUGACUUUUGUGGAUUCCCUCAAUUUCCUGCCCAUGAAGCUUGCCAAAAUACCAGAUGCCUUCGGUCUACAGGAACUCUGUAAGGGAUACUUUCCCCAUUUAUUUAAUACUAAAGCCAAUCAAAACUACGUGGGGCCGUAUCCAGAGUUGAAGUACUACGGAUACGAUUUCAUGUCGGCCGGGGAGCGGAAAAAGCUUGCCGAAUGGCAUGCAACGAAACGAGACGAAACCUUUAACUUUCGAGAAGAAAUGUUGCAAUAUUGUCGCUCGGACGUUGAUAUAUUGAGGCGGGGGUGUCUAGAAUUUAGAAACUUGGUGAUCAAGGUGACAACUCUAACAGAGGAAACGGUUCAAGCAAACGGAAUCAUCAAGAAAACGAGCUCGGGUGGAGUCGACCCCUUUGAUUUUGUCACCAUUGCAAGUGUCUGCAUGGGGAUAUUCAAGUCGCUCUUUUUGAAGGGAAAAAGUAAAAUAGAAAUCACCAAAGAUGGUGAAUCGGAUUUGUACGACAUUCGUCAUCAUAAGAGUUUAGAGGGGGUCCAUCUCGGUGAUUCUUGGACGUCUCUCGUCGAUUUAAGAAAGGACGACAAUGUACAGAUAGGAAAACGACAUUUCAAAAGUCCCGUGGCAGUAGUACCAUCUCAAGGAUACACGAAGCGCGACAAUUACAGCAAAAUUUCCAUCCAGUGGCUGGAGUGGUUGAUGGAAAAAAGUCGUCAGCGGGGUAACCCCAUUGUCAUUUCCCACGCUCUCAACGGUGGUGAAUUCCAAGUGCCAGGGACCAAUUACAGAUGUGACGGGUUUGUCAAGAUUCCUGGCGGAAACGGAACCAUUUAUGAAUUCUAUGGUUGUGUAUUCCACGGUUGUCCCAACUGUUUCCCAGACGAUAGGAAUACCAUCAAACACCCGUCUACCAAUCAGACCAUCAAAGAAUUGUACGACAUGACCAAACACAGAGAAAAGGAAUUGAAAAAUCUGGGAUACAAAUUGGUCAUUGUGUGGGAGCAUCAAUUUAAAUUUCAAUUGGAGAAGAAUGUAGCUUUGCAACAAUUCGUGUCCACCCUAGAUCUCCAAGACAGACUCGACCCACGUGACAGUUUUUUCGGUGGUCGCACCAAUGCCAUCAAACUGCAUUAUAAAGCUGCAGAAGACGAAACAAUCCAAUAUUUCGAUUUUACCAGUCUCUAUCCCUGGACCAACAAGUAUUGUCGGUAUCCCGUCGGCCAUCCGACCAUCAUAACGGACGAUUUUCAGGACUUGUCGCAAUAUUUUGGACUGGCUAAAAUAAAAAUUCUCCCCCCUAGAAAACUUUAUCAUCCCGUACUUCCAUACAAUUCGAAUGGAAAAUUGAAGUUCCCACUUUGUAAAACGUGUGCAGACAGUGAAAAUCAAAAUGAAUGUACAUGCUCUGUUGAAGAGAGAUCCAUCACGGGCACGUGGUGUACUCCUGAAAUUCAAAUGGCAACGUCAAAAGGGUACGAAAUCUUGAAAAUCUAUGAAGUUUAUCAUUUUGCCGAGUCUUCCAAAUACGAUGUCGAGUCGUGUGAGGGGGGAUUAUUCGCUCAGUAUGUGAACAUGUUUUUAAAAAUAAAACAGGAGGCUUCCGGAUUUCCGGCCGAAUGCGACACGGAAGAGACCAAAAGAAAAUACAUUAGGGAAUACAAAGAAAACGAAGGUAUCCAAUUAGAGUAUGAAAAAAUUAAAAAAAAUCCCGGUUUGCGAUGUUUAGCGAAACUUUGUCUGAAUAGCUUUUGGGGGAAAUUUGGUCAGAGGUUGGGCAUGCAACAAUCCGUGUUCAUUCACGAAUCGGAAGCCGAAAAUUUUUUUCAAAUGCUCUCAGAUCCUACAAAAGUACCACACAACUUUCACAUUGUUUCGAGAGACAUUCUUCAAUUAGAAUGGAGUAACAACCCCCUAUUCGCGUCAUUCGACAAUAAAACUAAUAUAUUCUUGGCCUCUUUUACCACCAUGUGGGCUCGACUGAAAUUGUAUGGCGUUCUCGACAAAUUAAACGAGAACGUCUUGUAUUUCGAUACAGACAGUGUCAUCUUCAAGACAAAAAAGUCGGACAACUUGAAUUAUCUCCCCAUAGGUAAUCACCUGGGAGAAUUGACUAAUGAAAUCUCUCCACAAGACGGGUACAUUGUCGAAUUCGUUUCUGGGGGUCCUAAAAACUACGCUUACCGCACACUGUCGGGAAAAGAAGAAUGCAAAGUUAGAGGGUUUACACUUAACUGGGCCAACUCGAAACUUAUCAAUUUCCAGGCUAUCAAGUCGAUAAUCUGUACCUCACACGACCGACAAAUUGAAAUUGUCAACCCUUGUAAAAUAUCGAGAGACAGCAGAAAGCGAAAAUUGUUAAAUAGGGUUGAAACUAAAAAUUAUAAGAUGGUUUACACUAAAAGGAGAAUUCUUCCUAAUUUAGACACGUUGCCAUUUGGAUUUUGAUUAUAAAACGAAAUAUUUUGACGUUUUUGUUUUUUUUAUUGAAUGAUAAAUACACAAAUAAAAUGAUAAAAGACA